CUUACAUCCAUCUACUUCCGCCCUUCUCAGCUUCUGGAACAUUUUCCUAAAGAUUAUAUUUGUUUGAGAUUAUUCGAAUUGCGGCCUAUAAGUCACUUGAAAUAUGGCUGGCGCAUUGGAAGAAACGGAACACAUAGACGGAACUGUGCAGGUUGUGGUGAAUACUGGCAUAAGGUCAACCCUUGCUCAACCCUUGGAAACUCCAAAUUUAUUUGAAAACAACAAUAUUGGCAACAACCAGAAUCAGUCCAAUACUAUGCAGCGUCGUGGUGUCCUGUGUGUGUACACCUUACGUAGGUUUUCAAACCUGAUGUUCAAUGAGAAUAAAGCCAUUCUGUGCUCGAGUAUGGGGAAGAUCCAGAAAGCGUUGAGGGAGGCUUGUGAGAGUUUUAAAAUCCUGGACAACCGAUGGACCCAGUUCAAGGGGCUCAUCCAGAGAGUCAUGUGGGAGCCUUUCCUGCCAGAGAGGCCUUUUGCAAAAAAGGAGGAGACUGUGACAGAUGUUACCUCUUCAGAAGAGCCAGCAUCGGACCCUGAUCCUCAACACAAGCCUAAUAAAAGGGAAUCCAGAUCCACAAAGGACUUGACAAGAAUUUCCACAGAAAGAGCAAGAGUAACAGAUGCAACUUUCAGAAGAUCAACCGACAACAUCAAACUUCCAAUGAAUGUCUGUAAGACUGUGUUUGUUGCUUUGGUGUUGUUAUUAAGAAUGUCAUAUGUCCAAGCUUGCUCACCUAGUAUGCAAAGUCCUCAGUCUGCCACAGUAGGACGCAGUCACACAUGUUUUCCGAUUUCUCAACACAACGAUUACAAUGUUAAUGAUGGCAAUGUAACAAUUGUAAAAAAUGGUCAUCGGUUGGGACGUAGCGAAGGAAAGAGGCGACGACGACAAAAUACAACUGACCGGACUCCGUACGAGACGACGACGACGAUACGACACGACGACGACGAGACGACGAUCGACGAUGACGACUACGCGUACGACGAGACGACGAAGACACGAGACGACAUGAGACUGCGACGACGACAACCCCACCACCACCACAACGACUACGACAACUAG